AGGAAGACGCCUGCAGAGCCGGGCUGCUGGUGCAGCAGCGGCGGAGGCAGUGGGUGCUGCUGCGUCCGGACCUUGUGCCUCUGAGCCUACGCCUGGUCUCUAGGUGGGGAGACGGGACGUGGCCAGGCCGGGGCUGUGGAGGCUCGCAGUGCUCGCUGGGGCUUAGGGGAGAUACAGGCUGCGGCCUGUCAGAUCCAGUCAGGGAGGUGCCCACACUCCUGACAGGAUAAGAUGGCGGCGAUGGCGCCUGGAGGUAGUGGCAGUGGUGGCGGCGGCGUGAAUCCCUUCCUCAGUGAUUCCGACGAGGACGACGACGAGGUAUCGACGACCGAGGAGCGGCGGGCAGGACUUCGGCUGGGUUCCGGGGGCGGCCUGGAUCCUGGCUCUGCAGACUCGCUAUCGCCCCAGGAUUCCGUGGCCUUAGGGAGCAGUGCACGGCCAGGGCUCCCUGGGGAGUCGGCAGCGGCUGCGGUGGCACUGGGGGGCAGUGGGGAGACCCCGGCCCGAUUGUCAAUUGAUGCGAUCGCGGCUCAGCUGUUGCGCGAUCAAUACUUGCUGACCGCCCUGGAGCUGCACACCGAGCUGUUAGAGAGCGGCCGUGAGCUGCCUCGGUUGCGCGACUACUUCUCCAAUCCCGGCAACUUCGAGAGACAGAGUGGGACCCCUCCGGGGAUGGGGGCGCCGGGGAUCCCUGGAGCCGUCGGCAUUGGAGGCGCAGGAGGUCGGGAGCCGAGUACUACGUCGGGCGGGGGACAGCUCAAUCGAGCGGGGAGCAUCAGUACCCUGGAUUCUUUAGACUUUGCAAGAUAUUCAGAUGAUGGGAACAGGGAAACAGAUGAGAGAGUGGCAGUCCUGGAGUUUGAACUACGGAAAGCCAAGGAGACCAUUCAGGCCCUCCGAGCCAACCUGACAAAGGCUGCAGAACACGAAGUUCCUUUACAGGAACGAAAAAAUUACAAAUCAAGUCCUGAAAUUCAGGAGCCAAUCAAACCUCUUGAAAAGAGAGCUCUAAACUUCUUAGUCAAUGAAUUUUUAUUGAAGAAUAACUACAAGCUUACAUCAAUAACCUUUUCAGAUGAAAAUGAUGAUCAGGAUUUUGAACUAUGGGAUGAUGUAGGAUUAAAUAUUCCAAAACCUCCAGACUUAUUGCAACUUUAUCGAGAUUUUGGAAAUCAUCAGGUAACUGGAAAAGACCUUGUAGAUGUGGCCAGUGGAGUAGAAGAAAGUGAAUUGGAGGCUCUUACACCAGUUUCAGGCAACCUUCCUCCAACUCUUGAAAUUCCUCAGACUUUAGAGAACUCCUUGCUAGUACAGAAAUUAGAAGAUAAAAUUAGUUUAUUAAACAGCGAGAAAUGGUCUUUGAUGGAACAAAUCAGAAGACUUGAAAGUGAAAUGGACUUUCUCAAAAGUGAACACUUUGCCAUCCCAGUAGUUUGUGACUCUAUUCAACCUUCUUUGGAUCAGUCUCUUCACAAAGACUCUGAAGACAGUGGACAGAGUUCAGUUGUAAAUAGUUCAGACGAGGGAAAAAACAAGGAUAUCCAUCUUUCAAAAUCAGAUGAAGUUGAUUCCACUGUUCCUAAAGAGAACAUCCCAAACUCUUUACCCAGGAGAGAAAGAGAAGCAGUGCCAUCUCCUUCUCCAUCAAGUAAAAACACAGUCCAUUUUGAUAAACCCAAUAGGAAAUUGUCUCCUGCUUUCCACCAAGCACUGCUCUCUUUUUGUCGGAUGUCAGCAGAUAGUCGUUUAGGAUCAGAGGUGUCUCGGAUUGCAGACAGUGAGAAAAGUGUCAUGUUGAUGCUGGGACGCUGCCUGCCACACAUUGUCCCCAACGUCCUGUUGGCAAAGAGAGAGAGAAUGGUUUUACACCUCUGUCAGGAGUUGAUCCCCCUCAUACUGUGUACAGCAUGCCUACAUCCUGAGCCUAAAGAGAGAGAUCAGCUCCUCCACAUACUUUUCAAUUUGAUCAAGAGGCCAGAUGACGAGCAAAGGCAAAUGAUACUGACCGGCUGCGUGGCAUUUGCACGUCAUGUUGGACCAACGCGUGUAGAAGCUGAACUUUUACCACAGUGCUGGGAGCAGAUUAAUCACAAAUACCCAGAGAGACGACUACUUGUGGCGGAAUCCUGUGGAGCCCUGGCACCUUACCUUCCUAAAGAAAUUCGUAGCUCCUUGGUUCUUUCAAUGUUGCAACAGAUGCUAAUGGAAGAUAAAGCAGAUUUGGUAAGAGAAGCUGUGAUCAAAAGCCUGGGUAUCAUUAUGGGAUACAUUGAUGAUCCAGACAAAUAUCAACAGGGUUUUGAAUUGUUGCUGUCAGCCUUGUGUGAUCCCUCAGAAAGAGUAGUUAGUGCAACACAUCAAGUAUUUUUACCAGCUUAUGCUGCCUGGACUACAGAACUCGGAAAUUUACAGUCUCAUCUUAUACCUACAUUGCUGAACAAGAUUGAAAAACUUCUCAGGGACGGAGAGCACGGGCUGGAUGAACACAAGCUCCACAUGUACCUUUCCGCCUUGCAGUCCCUGAUCCCAUCUCUCUUUGCAUUAGUGCUGCAGAACGCACCUUUCUCCAGCAAAGCCAAGCUGCACGGUGAAGUGCCACAGAUAGAAGGUACUGCACUGGAGUUACGGGAGGAAGUGACGAGGUUCCCUCGACCUAUGUCACCCCUUCAAGAUGUGUCUACUAUUAUUGGGAGUCGUGAGCAAUUGGCAGUGCUACUACAACUUUAUGAUUACCAGCUGGAACAGGAGGGUACUACAGGCUGGGAGAGUUUACUAUGGGUUGUCAAUCAAUUGUUGCCACAACUUAUAGAAAUAGUUGGCAAAAUUAAUGUUACCUCAACUGCCUGUGUCCAUGAGUUCUCCAGAUUUUUCUGGCGCCUUUGCCGGACAUUUGGCAAAAUUUUUACAAACACUAAGGUAAAACCUCAAUUCCAGGAGAUUUUAAGACUAUCUGAAGAAAACAUUGAUUCCUCAGCAAGAAAUGGGGUCCUCACUAAAGCCACCGUCCCCAUUUAUGCAACAGGAGUCCUUACGUGUUAUAUUCAGGAAGAAGACCGAAAACUGUUAGUUGGAUUCUUAGAAGAUGUAAUGACCCUGCUUUCAUUAUCUCAUGCUCCUCUUGAUAGCCUGAAGGCUUCUUUUGUGGAACUGGGUGCAAAUCCAGCGUACCAUGAGUUGUUGUUGACUGUUUUAUGGUAUGGUGUCGUCCACACUUCGGCACUUGUGAGGUGUACUGCUGCUAGAAUGUUUGAGCUGUUGGUGAAGGGGGUGAAUGAAACUCUGGUAGCUCAGAGGGUUGUUCCUGCUCUCAUUACUCUCUCCAGUGACCCUGAAAUCUCUGUCAGGAUUGCCACAAUUCCAGCUUUUGGCACUAUUAUGGAAACAGUUAUUCAAAGAGAGUUGCUGGAAAGAGUGAAAAUGCAGUUGGCUUCUUUCCUGGAGGAUCCUCAAUAUCAGGACCAAUAUUCUUUGCAUACAGAGAUCAUAAAAACGUUUGGUAGAGUUGGGCCUAAUGCAGAACCAAGGUUCCGAGAUGAAUUUGUUAUACCACAUUUGCACAAGUUAGCCUUGGUGAACAACUUACAAAUUGUGGACUCUAAAAGACUGGAUAUUGCUACCCAUCUUUUUGAAGCCUACAGUGCACUUUCCUGUUGUUUCAUUUCAGAGGAUUUAAUGGUUAAUCACUUUUUACCUGGUCUCAGAUGUUUACGGAUUGACAUGGAACAUCUUUCCCCAGAGCAUGAGGUUAUUUUAAGUUCCAUGAUAAAAGAAUGUGAACAAAAAGUAGAGAACAAGACCGUCCAAGAGCCUCAAGGCUCAAUGUCAAUUGCUGCAAGCUUAGUGAGUGAAGAUACGAAGACCAAGUUUUUGAACAAAAUGGGCCAGCUGACAACAUCAGGUGCCAUGUUGGCCAAUGUGUUUCAGAGAAAGAAGUAAAAGCAGGAAGGAAGCCCCCCGCAAACACUACGAUGGACCUCAAGCAGACUAGUUCCUUGUACUUGAAGUACUUGCCUUUUUUAUUUGUUUGUUUUAUGUUCUUGCAUUAUAAUUUUAUCCUAACCUCCAAAGAUAUUUGCACUCUUUUGAUUAUUGCUGUAUAUCUGUUCAUUUUGGAGUUACAACUGUGGUGAGAAAAUUGAGUUGGUAGUCUGUACCAAGUCCUCCUCUAUGUUCCUGUCUUUCAGAAUAAUUUUUUAAUAUAUAUAUAUAUAAAUAUAGUGAAGAGUUUUUUGUUUUUUUUUUAAUUUUUGGAUGGGAUAUUAGCAAAUAUCUGUAUUAUACACUAAGCUAUUACAAUGGUACUUAAAAUAAUGUAAAUUUGAAGUCAUUGUUAUAAAGUAAUAAAAGUGGAGAUUACUUAAUAUUUAAAUUAUGAAAGAAUAAUGCAGACUUUUUAUUGUUUCAUAAGUGACUAGAAAGAGCCACCAGCAUUACUCUGUGCCUUUUGGACUUUAGUUUGUGCAUCUGUAGGAACCGUGUGCAUUCCAUUCACACAGUAUUUAUAAUGCUGUGCUGAAUCUGAAUUACAAAUCCUACAGUAAGUAAAUAAUGAUGAAACUUUCAACAUUUCAGAGCUCUCAUGAAUAUUCUUUAAGUGCUAUUUGAACCUCCCCAGCACUUACAUGCGUAUAAUGGACUUACCUGAGGAAAGACAGCACAUGGCAUGGGGAGUAAUAACCAAGGUGAAUUUUACAAACUGGUGUGUAGUAGAUUUAAAUAUUCAAACUAAGUGUAAGUAAGAAGAGAUAAUAAUUGUGAAACUUUUUCCCAAGUUGAAAUACAGAAGAAAAUACGGUUCGAAUCUGAAAUUUAACACUUAUUUAUGUAAAACAUUUUAUUUAAGAUAUUUUCUAAUGAUUUUAAUUUCAGAGAUUAUCUUUGCAUUCUGCGUGUUAUAGAGAAGUACGGAAAAGUUAAGGACAUUUGGGGGCUGAUUUUUCCCUCUAAAGUACAAAUGACGACUCAAUUAUUGUUGGUUAGUUAACACCUUGUUCCUAAAAGUCAGUGGCCAUUCUUGUGUUUGUCACAUAGAGUCUAAAGUCGGUGCACAGGUCCCCUGGAAUUUGACAAUUGUCUGUAAAGUGAUGCAACUUGAAGUAGAAAAGAUUGGUACUGGAUGUAGAAGGGGGAUUAUUGGUUUGAGGGGUUAAUGUGAGGCCUUUUUGAAAAAUGAAUAUUUUGAUAAAAAGAAUUCUCAUUUGAGCACAGUUGAUGCACAUAGGUGAUUCUCAUGUUUGUUGUAUAAACUGGUUUGAUACACUGGGAACAUAGUUACAUUACGCUCACCCUUCCCGGGAAAGCUACCUUACCACACACUCAAGCUUAUAAAAUAAGUUGCCAUAGGCAAAUCCAUUUUAAAAAUUUAUUCUGACACUAUUUCUUUUACCUACAGUGAAAUAAUUGUUAACUAACUAGUCCUUCUGGAGACUGUUGGAUUCUAGGCAUUCCUGAGAAAUUGAAAGUGGCUACCUUUCAUGUCAAAAAUGCUGAUCUAUUAUAAAUAAAAUGUUUUUGCAUACU